GUUCUUCAAAAAUACUCUUCAAAAAAGUGUUGAUGCUUUCUACAGUGAAUUACAACCAAACAGAAAUUUUGGUCAUUUUAAUUGUGUUUAAAAAGAGUAAUAUCACAUAAAUUGAGUUUAAUAUGGAUUUCAAUUGGACAAAGUGCUUCUAAAAAUCAUAACAAACUACACAUGGAAGCGAUCCGUGGUCAAGAAAAACUUACAUUCUGCAUAAUCAGCUGUCAGUGAAAGAUCAUCUGUCCCUGUAAAUAUAAAAGCUAAAACAAUCACAACACGUUUUAAUUGUACAAGAGGAAAUAAUGAGGUAAACAAGGUCACUAAAAUGUAACCCGCCGAGGCUGCCAAAGCGUACCCAUCCGAAGGCAGUUAUGGGAUAAUAACCUCACAGACGGGACUGCGAGAUCGCCAUGGCUGGUCUGCCGUGAGGUCGCCACGAGUUUGAGGACAACAGCUCCGGGAGCGCCCGCACCAUGGCCGCCGACUUCCCGUACGCCGGGAAGAUAGUGUCGCCAGUGAAGUGUAACGAGAAGCCGUGGGACCUGUGGGUCAGCGAGAUCGGGCACUCGUCGCCGCGCGCGGACGAUGAGGCGGCCGCGGUGUUCGUGUCGCCCGCCGACGUGGACGGCAAGCGGCGCGGCGCGCGCGGCAAGACGCGGCGGCGCGCCGGCCUGCACCGCCUGCCGCGCGCCGCCAUGCCGCUGCACGGGCUGCUGCCGCAGGCCGACUCGCUCAACGCCGCCGUGUGCCACAUGUGCGGCGCCACCGUCAAGUGCAGUGCCGUGUACAGACACUUACUCGAGUCCCACUCCGCCACCGAGCCCAUCAGGCCCCCUCCCCCACCCGCGCCCACAGUCAAGCUCAAACCCACACACAGUCGGAGCAGACACAAAAAGGAAAUCGCUCCCCCACCUCCCCCUGUAGAUAUUCUCCCAGUGAAAAUGGAGACUUCCCCUAUACACACUGCCACUGCCCCACUCUCGAGGGUAGUGAUGCCUCAACCUGAACUACAGUACCUGGACGAGGGCAGCACGAGCUCCGGCGCGGCCGGUGAGCUGCAGGUGUGCGUGGCCAGUGGGGAGCUGCCUGUGGUCAGCAUACAGGACACUGACGACCUGCCCCUCGGAGAAAACAUCACAGAUGACAUCUUUGCCAUCAUGAAUUCAGAAGGAAUACAGACUGCAGACGACAUCACCAACUCCGCCGAGUGGAAGAACAUCAUUAGAGAUAUAGGAAAUAUGCAAGAUAUAAACUUUUCACAACCCACUGACCCAGUGCAGUCACAGGAACUGUACACCCCCGUAGACACCACCGGGCUGUCUGCUUACGCGAUAGCCGACACAGACUUAUCUAGUUUACAAUUUGCACCCAACACAUCACCCAUGCUAUCGACUGUGAUAGACACAAACGUACUGACUGCUCAAGCUUUAAAACCGGCGGCGCCGGCCGCGACGCCGAGCAAGACGCCGGCGCGCGCCAAAACCAGCAAGUCCAAGUUCUCGACGCGCGAGUACUCGCCCAACAAGCACUGCGGCGUGGCGGGCGCGGACGGACGGCCCUGCACGCGCUCGCUCACGUGCAAGGCGCACGCGCUGUCGCUGCGCCGCCUCGUGGAGGGCCGCGCCAAGCCCUUCGACACGCUGCUGGCGGAGCACCGCGCGGCGCGGGACGCCCCCCCCGCGCCCCUGCUGGUCCCCGCGCCGCUGGACCUGGGCGCCUUCACCGCGCUCACCGCCGAGCAGCAGGUCAACGACAUCUACGCGUCGCUGCUGAGCGUGGAGGCGAGCGCGGGCGCGCUGCCCGACGCCGCGCUGUCCUCGCUGCUGGGCGCGCCGCUGCCGCCGGACCUGCUGCUGCCGGACGACGCCGAGCCGCCGCCGCUGCCUGAGCCCGCGCCCGUGCUGCCUCCCGCCCCCGCCCCUGCCCCCGCCCCCGCGCCCGCCCCGGCGCCCGCACCGCUCGUGCCCGCCGACGUGUGCUGGUACGCCACGAGCCCGCGCCCGCUCGCGCUGUGCACGUUCAACACGGCGCACGCGGGCGGCGCCAUCACGCUCGGCAAGCGGUUCGCGACGGUGCGCAGCAACAUCAAGUCGUCGCUGUCGCGCUCGCAGUGCAAGGCGGCCGGCGGCGCCUCCAACAACUUCUACUUCGGGCAGAGCGCGCUGUCGCUGUCCAAGACGGUGCACAUGAACAGCGCCAGCAAGGCGAGCAAGCCGGAGGUGCGGCGGCUGGUGGUGGCGUGCGGCCGGGGCUCGCUCAACGGCCACGUGCGGCGCCUCAAGCCCGCCAAGCGCCCCGCGCUCGACCUCGGCUUCGCGCUAGACCCCAUGCUGGCCGACGAGAAGUGCUAGCCGCCCCGCGCCGCCACCACCGGUUGUGUAGUCAUCUAAUUGUAUAUUUAUUUUUGUGUAAAUGAAAUCGGACUCGUUAUGUAAAUUAAUCACGAAUUUUCUCGUUUAACGUUACGAUAAUGUUAAAUAUCAUUUUGUUUCGUCGACGCGAAGUGAUGUUGUUUGUAUUAUUUUGUAAAUUAUUUAUAAGAAUUUUUUAAUGAUUCUUCGCCGCGGCCCGCCCGCGGUGGGCGACAAUGAACAUUGAAAUAGAUUUUACAGAAUGGUUGUAUUUUUUCGAAAUGACAUAUUACUCAUCGUUGCUACCGAAUACUGAUAAUGGCCUAGGAUUAAUAAUGGUUAAUGUGAUGAAAAUUUCCAUGUAAAAAUAUAAAUACUAUUAAAGUAAGUCUAUCCGUAAAUAGUAAAUCGCCUCCUUUUGAAAAUAAAGGCAAAUACCUCAAUAACUAAA